UGAAAGUGUAACGCAUUUGCCUCACAAUUUGAACCUCGAGAAGCUGCAGCUGCUUAAACAAAUACAAAUACAUUCGUCAAUAUCUGCUACCGUUCUCAGAGUACAGUUCAGGUAUGCAUAGUUCAGGUAUACAUAGUUAAGGAUUGGUUCAACUCGCCUGACUUGAUCAAAUCACUAUCAUUCCACGCAAGAAUACAAAAUUACCAAAUCAACGCCGUUUUUCGCUGUGGCUUUGGGUCGACUCUUCUUCAAAAGACCCUUCACGAUGGCGUGGUUCUGUUCUGGAACAACAAACGCCGAGCUCAUCAACAACCUUUGGAACGCGGGGCUGAUCAAGAAUGAACGGGUGAAACGGGCAAUGCUUGGUGUUGAUCGCGAUCAUUAUGCGCCUUCCAGCCCAUAUUCCGACUCGCCUCAGCCCAUAGGCUACGGAGCUACCAUCUCUGCACCGCAUAUGCACGGCCACGCGUGCGAGUAUCUCAUUAACCACUUACGCCCUGGGUCACGCGUGCUAGACAUUGGGUCUGGAUCUGGCUACUUGACACAUGUUCUGGCGAAUCUGAUAACAGACUCAUCUUCGCCAUCGACUGACUCCGACGGCCAUGUGGUUGGCAUUGAUCAUAUCCAGGAGCUUGUCGACUUGGCCCAGACGAAUAUGAGCAAAUCGGAGGAUGGCCGCAAUUUCCUCAAGUCGGGCAAAGUAGAGUUUGUGACGGGUGAUGGCCGGCUGGGGUGGAAGGAGCGUGGGCCGUAUGAUGCUAUCCAUGUAGGCGCUGCUGCGGCGUCGAUUCAUCCCACUCUCGUUGAGCAGUUGCGGGCGCCUGGUCGAUUGUUUAUUCCAGUUGAGUCAGAGCCGAAGGAGGAUGCUUUUAGUCAGUUUGGCAUGGGUGGGCAGUAUAUCUGGGUUGUGGAUAAGAAGGCUGAUGGAUCGGUGCACAAGGAAAAAGUUUUUGCAGUAAAUUAUGUCCCUCUGACAGAUGCCCCCUCAAAAAGAAUGUGAUGGGAUGUGCCAGAGAAUCAAUUGAUGUAGUUAAGUUCUUUGAGAGUUAUCCUUAAUGCAGAAUUACGAGUAAAAGAAAAAAUG